AUGCUUCAAUUUAUGCAUUUCCUGUAAGAGAUGUUCGUCUUUUGGAUGAGAUCUAUGAGCUACAAUUAGAGUUCUCUGAUAUUCUUAAAGAAACAAGAGAUGCUUUUAAACCUGAACUCCUUCCAGAUAUUAUUGAUUAUCUUGAGACACAUGUUGCUGCUCUACUUGGUCCAAACAAAAAUAAUCAAACUGAAGAAAUUACAGAAGAGUUUAAUAACAUUCAAACAAUGAAAGAUCUUUUUAAGAUUUUACAACGAAAGUACAUAUCAUGGUUCAACUAUGAACUAAUAGUUAAACUUGUUGAUGUAUUCCUGCCUAAAAAUCAUUCAUUAAAGAGGACUUGGUCAGACUAUAAGGAGAAAUUGACGGAUUAUUUUCUUAACAGUGGUGGCUUAUCAACUGAUGCUAAUGCUUUAGAAUUUGGUAUAACAGAUGUUCCUCCUGGUGCACAAGUAAUGAUUGCUAAAGUUGAUUGUCAUGACUACACACCAGCUGACCUUUUCUUCUUUCGUAGAGCAAUACCAAAAGAACUAAAUAUUCCUAACGUUUAUCUAUACUUUAGUUUUGUUCGUAUUGGCUCACUACAGCUGCUACAUAAUAUUCCUGAUUACUUAUACUCUGCAUUGUUUCCUCUAACUACAGAGAUACAGGAACAGUUAGCUAGUAUUGGUAUCUCUGAACUAACAUGUGGUGAUUAUAAAUAUGAUCUAAGAAAGUUCUUAGCAUCACAAGAGUUGCAGCAGUCAUCUUUAAAUAUUGCAGUACAGGCUGGUCAUACUCAUAUACUGGAAUGGUACAGUCAGGAGUAUAGUGUGGAUAUUACUAAUCACACUGACAAUAACAAGUACACACUAGCUCAUUAUGCUGCUUAUAAAGGUAAGCUACAUUGUCUACAGGAACUGAUCAACAAGUAUCAGUGUGAUGUUAAUGCCACUACUACUGAUACUGGUAGUACAGUUCUUCAUAAAGCAUGUGAAGGAGGCUAUGUUGCUGUUGUACUUUAUCUGACUAGUCUUCCUCAGUGCAAUCUUGAUCUAGUACAAUUACUGAUACAACAGUACAAACUUGAGCCUAUCAAUAUUAAUAACACUGGUUUCUCAGUAUUACAUGUAGCAGUACAGGCUGGUCAUACUCAUAUACUGGAAUGGUACAGUCAGGAGUAUAGUGUGGAUAUUACUAAUCACACUGACAAUAACAAGUACACACUAGCUCAUUAUGCUGCUCUUAAAGAGAAUCAUCAGUUAGAUCUGUGUGCUGUAGAUGAUGAGGGAAUGGCUCCUAUUCACUUAGCAUGUAGUGAGGGAAGAUUGAACUUGAUCCAGUACAUUAUAGAACACAUACCAUCAUCACUUGAACUACCUACCAGAGGGCAAAGUCAUACUCCAUUCCUUGCUGCUAUCUACUUCAAUCAGUUAGAAGUUAUUAAAUAUCUUAUUAGUAAGAAGUGUAAUCUAUCAGCUACUGAUGAUGAAGGGUUUGGAGCAGUUCACAUAUCAGUAGAGAGGGGUCACUUGAAUGUACUGAAGUAUCUCAUUGAUAAUAAUUAUUGUAAUCCUAAUGCAACUGAUCAUCAAGACCGUACACCACUCCAUUUAGCUGUAGCAGUGAACCAACUUGAAAUAUUAGAAUAUUUACUGAGUAAGAGUAUACCCUCAAUGAGUGUUGUCUGGUUACGUGAGAUAAAGUGUUUUUUAGACAGUCUUCAUGACAUAUACAAUAAUCCUCAUAAUGCUGUACUUAUUAAUGUACAAGAUAAAGAUGGCAAUACACCAUUACAUCUAGCCUGUCAAGAUGGAGAACAGAAUAUGGUAUCACUAUUACAAGAAGCCAAUUUAUCUAACAAUAACUUAUUAAUUAUUAACAAGAAAGGACAGACACCAUUACACUUAGCAGUUGCCUCUGGUCAUAAGGAUAGUGUAGAAGCUUUACUGUCCUCAGUCACUGGUAGUUCUACUCAUCAUGAUAUCCUUACAGCUACUGAUAAUGAAGGAUCCACUGUAUUUCAUACAGCUUGCAGUGAUGGCAACAUUGAUGUGUUUCAUUAUUUAUCCAGUAUUUAUCCUCAAGGUGUUAAUGUAAUGGAUAAUAGAGGACGUAGUUUACUUCAUGCAGCAUGUGAGGGAGGAGAUAUUGGAAUAGUAAGAGCACUAAUUGAGACACAUGGACUGGAUCCUUUGACAGAAGAUGGAGUUGGCAUCACCUGCUUACACUUACUAGCAGAGAGAAAGGAAUUUUUAUUUACCUUUUUCAUGGAUACUCCAGUUGAUAUAUACCAGUAUUUGGAACCAAACAUUGUCUCUAAUCCAGUACCUAAAGACAAGUCUGGUCGUACUCCUCUUCAUUAUGCUUCUCGUUCUGAUAAUAUUCGUAUGGUACGUUAUCUCAUAGAGACCUUCCCCUGUACUCCUGAUGAUCCUGAUAAUAAUGGAUACACUUCAGUUCAUGGAGCAUGUGAAGCUGGUAGUAUGGAGUUAGUACAAUAUUUUCUAACUGAACUCAAUUGCAAUGCACUAGCUGAAACCAAUGACUUCAAUACGAUGCUUUAUUUUGCUAGCAAGAAUUCUAAUUUGGAACUUGUUCGAUUUCUAGUUGAAAGGUAUAAUUUAAAGCCUCGUCAACAUGAUAUUGAAAUAGCUCGAGCCACUAAUCCUGAUUCAUCAAUAGUUAGGUAUCUUGAAAAGGUGAAUCAUGAUAUGGUUGAGGAGGAAAGAAGAAGGGUUUCAAAGCGAACAACAACAGGUGCAGGUAUUGAGGAACUUCACAGCACUAAAAGAAUCAAAUUAGGAAAGGAUGAGGCAUAA